AUGAUCGGGGCCAGCGCGCGUAGACUGGCCGGGUACCCCAAGGCCUCCUUCCACGAGCAGAGCAUAAACCCCUUCUCGAAUGUGCAGUGGAAAAGCACCCCCUUCCUGAAGAAGAACAUGCCGAAGACGGACCCCUUCGCGGAGGAGCACGUGUCCAGAAACGCCAUCAGCGUAUUCGACAGGGAGAAGGGCAACUGGUUCGUCAUCGACGCGUAUAACAAAAGCGUGGGAAGUCUCAGCGUGUGCAUCAGCAAGUUGCUGCAAGGGAAGUACCGUGUAGACCACAACCCGAAUAGGGUAAACGGCAGCAGCGUUAUAGUGGUCAAUGCCAUUCACGUCAAGUUCUAUGGCCACACGUGGGAUACAAAAAUAUAUAAAUUCCCCAGAAAGAGUCAUUCCAAGGGACCCAAGAUUCUGACGUGCAAAACAGUUUUCGCCAGGAACCCCUCGAUGGUUUUAAAUUUAGCUGUUAAGAGGAUGCUCCCAAACAACCGACUGCGGCAGCUGUAUUAUAGGAAGCUCUUUGUCUACCCUGGCGCCAUCCACCCGCAUUGGGGCAUACCUCAAGUCAUCGUUCCCAAGAGGGACGUGGCCCGCAGUGCGGACCAACCAACCCUCAAGGCAUUCACAGUCGUCUAA